AUGACGAUAACCGUCGAAGAAUACACAUUCCACAUGAUAGACAUGUUCAUCACCUCCCAAGGCGUCCUGAUGAACAUUUUAUUACUUCUCCUCAUUUAUUUCUGCACCCCGAAGACUAUUGGAGCCUAUUCUGUUUUAAUUAUCAAUGCGGCUCUUGUCGACUUGGUUAUUGCCUUGUGUGGGCUUCUGACAUCGAUUAGGUAGGUUGGAAGAUUAAGUGAGUUGGAAUCUUUGAAAAAACGACUGUUUUAUAACUUUUAAAGUCAAAAAUUAAACCAUCGGAUUACAGGUUCAUCCCCUGCGAUUUCACGAUUCUCAUUGUUUCCUAUGGGGUCUGCGGACGGCUGGGCCGCGAGUUUUGCUUUCUUUUAUUCAAAGUAAUUUUCUAUUCGUGUUACUUGAAGAUUAGAAACUUGGCUUCAGAUCCAAAUCCACGCGAUUAUCCACGGAAUGAUGAGCCAACUCUUAUCUUUCGCAUAUCGAUACUAUGCCCUUAUCGGUGUUCGGAUACCCAGCAAGAGGAGAAUCGCCUUGAUCUGCUUUGGCGUUUAUAUUCCUACCUUGAUCGUUUUGGUGAGCUUUCGGGUUCGGAGGAUAUUUAUACUCCGUUUUCGAAACGGCUCUUUUUCUGUGUUCCCUCCUCGUCUCUCGGCCCCCUCUCGUGUUGACGUGAUGUUUUCACGUUCCUCUAACCUUGCCGAUGAGAGAACAGAGAGACGCAGACACUCGAAAAGACUCAAAAACGGACUAUAUUGUAACGUGGAAAGUUAGAAAAUAAGCUUCAGAGAGUUUCGGAAGUUCCCAAGAGCUUUUGAGAAGUGAACUUCUUAUCGAUUAGUCUUUUGGAUUAUUCAGAAGAUGGACUAG